AUGUCUGUAAUGUCCGAGAUGUCGGCGAUAUUUGCAAGUGAUUGUGGUAGAUCAGUAUGUUCGUGUUUCCGGCUCUUUUCCUUAGCACAUAUGACUCCUUAAUAAAACUCUUAAGAAACUUUUCCUACAGCCACUUUCUUCUUUUAACUUCCAGAUUCUUUCCACCUUCAAACUAUUUCCGUUGAUUUGUACUCAACUGAACUUCAUGACGUCAGAGAUGAGGUUUUCGAUGAUGUUUUUACCAAUCAUAGUCACCUUGGCUUUUUUAAACAUGGUCACAAGCACGAAAAGUCCAGGGUAAGUGCCACUCCCUUAUGAAAUAAAAACUAGAGUAAACCGUCAAUUGAUUUAACAAAAAUUUAAAUAUACCGGAUUAUGAUACCAGCUUUCCACUUGUUACCCGGAGACCGAGGACUGUUCCAGUAAAGGCAAAGCUAACUCAAGUCUUUUCAUCUAACCUCACAUUUUAUUUGUUUAUAUUUUCCUCGUCAAAAUGACAUUAUCCCAUUUAUUCGACAGAGCUGACCCACGAUCAACCAUCACUCGAUCCAUACGGGUAUGUUGUUUUCAGUUUAUUAUUUAUUACUUCUAAUUUAUAGAUAAAACUUUGCUCAUUGAAGGGUUGGCCUCCCCGCAACGAAAGGGAUGGCUACUGGAAUGGUUUUAUUCGUUGUUGGAAUACCAUCUCCAAGCUGUUUUGUACUUAUUUAGUUUCAUUUUCUCAUCUUUAAACUCAGGAUGCUUCCAAACGAAUAAGUAUCAAGAGAGCCGGAGCUAGCAGGGGUCUGAGAGAAUGCCGUGAGCAAUUUAAGUUCGAAGUCUGGGAUUGCAGUUUUUAUAAAGAAAGUGUGACUGGAGCAUUACCUGAUUUUAUGCGAACAACGUUGUCUUAUGGUAUGAAAUAUUUUAAUCGUUUCAGACCAAGUAACUUGUAUCUGUUUUGAGCAUGACUCAAUAGAUAAGGGAUAUUCAAGGUUUUUCUAUCUCAGGAUCCUUUAUCCUCAUCUUUUUAUGGUCAAAAUAAUAAUAAUAGCAAAGAUGAUAAUAAUGAUAAUGACGGUUAUUGUCUUGAUGAUAAUGAUGAUACUGAUAAUCAAAAUGAAUGCCCAGACCCGAAUUAUGAUUUUUCAAAUUAAUUUAGAGAAUAAAAUAUUUCCAUACAGUUAUUACGUCUUUACCCGUUGAGCUUAUCUUUUUAAAACAGCCAAUCACUUUGUUUUGUAGCCAAUAGAGAGACAGCGUAUUUACACGCAAUAACAACCGCCGGCAUCGUACAAGAAAUCGUUUCUCAGUGCGCUGCAAACAAAAUUACCGAAUGUAGCUGUGACAAAAAAUCAGGGCAGUCUCGUGGAUGCAGGAACUACCUGAAGUUUGCUGAGAAGGAGACGAGAAGGCUGUUAGUAACUCUGCCACAAGGGAGCUUCGAACGAAGCGGAAUUGACAUUAAUAAUCAAAUGGUGGGAAUAGAGGUAAAUGUUGUUUUCGUGUUUUAUUCAUUCUCAUAAUGUAUUUAAUGUUGUUUGCUCACUCAUCGCCCACUCAUUUUCGCGCCUCUUUUCAUUCAAUGCCUAUUUAUUUAUCUCUCAUGGGAAAAUAAUGCUACUUUUACUUACUUUUCAAGUAAUCGUUAGAACGUAAGGCCUCUUCAAACACUGUUCAUUUCAUCAAGCUUUGUUCGCUUUCUCUCUUUGAGAAAUUUUAUCAAAUGAACGUACAUUGUAAAUCCGGAAUUUUUUUGGGGAGGAGGAUCUUAUUUGACCCAAAGAGUUGUGUGCCAUCAAACAUGAUAUACAGUUGUACUAUGGUUACGAGGGCCUUUUUUUAUGGACCGAAACCCUAGAAUAGUGCGUGAACUUUGCAGUGUGUUAUCAAUAAGAGUAGCAUGAACAAUUGUUUCUGGUCCUUUUUGCUGACAAUAUCACAUUCCUUGGGAACACUAACUUAAUUUUUGUUUUCUCUCUUGAAUAAACACUAACUUUACACAACAUUCACUUGAAAUGAUACCCGCAAAACGCUCCUUGCUUUUAACGAAACUUUGCAAACUUUACCAUCAUGAUUGCUUAUAGGCUCCCUAUACAACCAAGCUUGGUACUCGGAUAUUUUUUGUUUCUUAAAUACAAAGCCUGCUAAUUAUUCUGAUCAGUAUUUUUCCAUACCCUUACAGGUUUUUAAGAGGAAUUGUGGUGGCAGUUUGCCUAAAAAUUGUAACAACUGGCAGAGAGUUGCAAACGAACUGAAAAGUAAAUAUCAAUCCACCAUAAACAAGACGCAGCAGACCAAUAUCAACUCCACUUCCCAAAGUAACCUACGACUGACCUAUCAGGAUCCGUCGCCUGAUUACUGUGUACGUAAUUUGACCGUUGGCUCUCCUGGCUUGGAAGGACGAGUCUGCGGAAAUAGUGGCACAAUAACAAGCCAAUGCAGAUCCCUUUGUGAGCAAUGUGGCUUGACACUCCUGAGAGAGGACCGAAGUCCAAGAAACUGCAAAGAUUGUCCAGAAAUAACAUCAGUGACAGUCUGCAGGAAGAAGAAAAUAGUCACCGGCAAGCGAUCAGUAGAGCAAAGCCCGGUGUAAAUGAUCGGACUGAGAAAGCAUUUCCUCUCAUUAGGAACAGAUAUCUAAGCUGCCGGGGCAAUUUCUUGAGGAAAGACGCUUCGAGUGUGCUAGAACAGUCAAUUCUUAUCUUCAGCCCCGUGCUUGCAUCGCUUGUAGGUUUAACUGACACAGUAAUCCCACAUUUGUGGUAUAUGCUUUAUUUCUUUAUCUAUCUUACCAAAUAAUGAACUUUCCAGUGCAAAGAAACGCUUUGGUCGACCGCUUUCCGAGAGGAAAGGGCAUGUAGUUCAGUCUUAAAACGAGAUUUUCGAUAAGUGUGAUUUACUUGUAUGACUUCGGAGCACUGGGAAUAGCUCAAACUUUUUUAACAAGCUGCACUGUUUGUAUUUAGAAUCUUAGUAGAAAAUAUUCUACUCUGUUCCUUACAGCUCUAUGGAGAAUCCUUAAUCUCUUAUAGUUCUAUAUUAUACCUUACAGUUUUAGACAGGCAUAGCAAAAAAUCUGAUAAAGAAGAUCUUUGUGAUUAGUCGCGUAUGUAUACACAUAUAUACAUAUGUAUAUUUGUAGUCGAAUCCAGAAUCGAGCAUCGUAAUAAUGAAUUUCAUAGAGCUCUAGUUACUGAAAAUCUUCCUCCAUACACCUUAAUGUAGUUCAACUGAAAAUUCAGUUUUGAUAAAACCUAACAGUUAAUGACCAGGCACAUCUAACUGAUAUGUGUUAGCCUUGUUUUCAUACCGUUUCCUCAGGAAUAAAACCGACUGAUAAAUUAAUAAGUAUGGAGUUUGCAAAUUAUUGUCAUAAUGUGCAAUAAACACGUGGACCUCUUCAUAUGAGCUCAAGUGCUGGCUCGGUCAGCGGCGCAAAUUUGGUCUUCCUUGCAUUUCAGCGGGAAUAUCAGCUUUAUUACAGAGAUGAACAAAGAGAAUCUUUUAACUAAAUCGCGGUAACUGACAGAAAUUCUAAGAACAUAGGUACAGUACAUUCCUUAGCAUAUUGGUUGAGAAAAUCUUCUCCGCUUUAAAACUACAAUUUCAUAUCCCCCUCCCCUCCCAUCAAUACAAUCUAUCUCUCAAUAUCGUGCGUUGCAGCAAAAGUGAUUAGGAUAGACUGAAAGGAAAGCGGGUUUACUGUGGGUUUACCGGUGCAAUGGCUUUUGACCAAUCAAGGCGCCCGUAGUGUCGCAAUUAUUUUAUAACAAGUUAAAAGUCGACAUUUCAAAACUGAAAAGUAUGUAUAAAUUUUAUUGUGUAAUGUACUGCUUCGACGUAAGCCAUCAUCAGAUUAUCAUCCUCUUAUUAAUGACGUUAUUAGAAAACAAUAAAUUGUUUACAAUCUGGG